AUGUUGAAAUCAUUUGCGCGUACAUUUUCGUCCACCAUUGCUAAAAGAGAUUUUGCUCGGACCCAGUUGCUUGGAAGAGUUGGUUUUGUCGAGUUCAAGGAGUCGCCAAAUGGAACAAGGUAUGUUAUGUACAGCUUAGCUGUUAAUAAAAAAUUUGAUGGGAAAGAGGAGACUGAUUGGUAUAAAAUUUUUAUUCUCGGUGAGGAACAGGUUGCUGCUGCAGAAAGAGCUCUUAGAGUUGGUAAUAAGAUGUUUGUUGAUGCUAAACUAACAGUUAAGGUUGUUGAUGAUGUAAGCAGAUACUCCCUUGUACAAAAGAAAAUGGAUAUUAUACAAUGGGGUAAAAAAUCAGAAGACGAACAUGGAGAAAGCGAACAUGCAGAAAACGAAACUCAAGAGAAGUGA